AGUACUAGCACGAAAAAAUGUAAUAUAUGAAGUGACUGCAUUCAAUUCCAAACAGAGAUCUGAAUUAUAUAAAUUAUCUGUAAAAAACAAAACAAUAAUAUUUUUAAGUGGUCUCUCAAAUGACGCUGCUCUAGCAAUGGAUGUAAUAGUAGAUGAUUGCUGUACAAAUGAAUUUGAGACUAUGCUUCAAUAUAACAACAUUGAAUACAGCUCAAUAAACCUUGGUCCCACGUUUGGUGAUAUUCAAAGAAAUGAAUUACCUGGAGACAAAUUUGCAAAACGAGACAAAUUCCCAGAUUACACGAACUUAAUGGAUCAAAUUGAUAAUAUAGCAAGUGACACUAGCAAAAUAAAGAAAAGAGUCAUAUCGCGCACUUUUGACAAAAUAGAAUUAUUUGUGUUGGAAAUGGAUGUGUUUUGGGUAAAAAACAGAAAUGCAUUUUUUCCUCAGACAAAAUGUAGGGAUGAUUCAGAAUAUGCAAUAGGUGUAGAUAUAGACAGAAAUUGGUUUUUUGGAGAAAACAAUGAUGACAACAUAUGCUAUUCAUUGUAUAUUGGGCCAAGUUCCUUAUCUGAAAAAGAAACAAAGGCUUUUUCAGAAUAUGUCAAUUCUAUUGCUGAUAAACUGAUGGCUUUUAUUAAUCUCAGAGGUUCAGGGCAAAGAAUUAUAACAAUUCCAUAUGGACACACACUAGACUAUUCAAGUAAUCAUAAUGUUAUGAUGUCUAUAUUGAGAUCAGCCAAUCACAGGGUCCAAUCGGAACAUAGAGUAAAAUACUUAUAUGAGCGCACAUCAAAAUAUUUUUAUAAUUUUUCAGGAAAUAGUUGUGAUUGGGUAAAGAAAAAGUUGAAUGUUCCAAUUGUAUAUAUGAUGCAUUUGCAAAAUGUAGAGGAAAUCCUAAUGAGUCCUAAAGAUAUUGAACCAUUGACCAGGGAAUUUACUACAAUAAUCAAGGAAACCUUAGUUAUAGCUAGAAAUAUUUAUGGUCCACUAUUUAAUAGCAAAAACAUGUUGUUUGUAUCCAUCAAAACAAAGUGUAUUUUGGUUUUAAAUUUUCUAUUUCUACUAUCAAUAAAUAUCUGAUCUAAAUUA